CACUUUCCUUUCGAUCCAUUCUUCGGUCCAACGAUGCCACGACUGUUAAAAUAAUUAAAUAAAUAAUUAAAAAUCUAUAAUCGCUAAGGUAAGCGGGUUAUCUUUGGCGAGAGGGGAAGGCUAACGACCCAAAUAGAGGAGUGAGAGAGAGAGAGAGAAAGAGAGAAAGGACGACAGGUGGGGAAGAGAGAACAGGUGGGAGAGCAGGGAAGGGGAAGGAAUCGAGGUCACUGUGACGCGAAAGGUGGGAAAAGUGGCCGAGGCAACGAUUGGCCGUUCGUCCUUCCCUCUUGGAGGAUCCUCAGGAUCAAGGGCACUGGGUCAUUGCCUCCACGUGGACCCCUACUUCGCGCUCUCCUCCCCUCCCUCCUAUUUGGUCGAUCGUUUGCCAUUCCUCUCCUCCAAGUGGGGAGGUAACGGUAUCGGUUGUGAUCGAGUCACGUGGAGAGGGCGAGAACCUCGGAUAUAUUACGAGCCGAUCGAGAGGACAGCACUGUCAAGAGGCCGGAGAACUCGAGGCGAGAAGUUGAUGAGUCGAAUGAUGGGCUUUUUGGGUUUGGAUUUCGAUUUUGAAUUUUCCUCACGAAGUUCCGUUAUUUCAAAGAUUCUUUUAAGUAUCUAUAAACAGUCUUCUUAAACAGGAUUGAUUUAUGAUUUUCGCGAAGAAUCGUGUAAACGAUUAGUGGUAGAUUUCUUUAAAUUUUCUCCUCUUCUUCGUUCGAAAUGAGGAUUCAAUUUUAUUCAGCUUAGCUCUUCUUCGAAAAAUAUUCGCAUCUUGAUGUACAACGAUCAUCUCCAUCGAUGAAUAAAGCGAGAGAUUUCCUCUGCGAACGGAAUCUACGAAAUCGAAAUAAUUUUAUCCGCUAUUAUUCCUUCUAUAAAGUCACUUCGAAUUGAAUCGUUAUUGAGAUAAUUUUACAAGAAAUGCACGCAAUAAUUGUAUUUCUUUUUUUUAAAGAAUUUAAACGAUAAUAAAAUAAUUGAACGAGGAAUUCGUAGCCUCGAAGUGAAAGAAUGCAAAAGUAUGAUCGCGCACGAAGAAUUUUCGAGCGCAUAACGGAUGCUCGUUCUCGAAUUAACGAGGUCUACGCAGCCAUUCGGCCAGUAAUCGAGUUCGUAAUCGAGUUCGUAGUCGACGUCGAUGCGCCUCAAUUUUUUUUUUCCCCCUUUUUUUCUCCUCCCCGUUCCACACACAACUCGAUAACGCGUGCAUUCGCUCGGCAUGCCUGAGAACAUUAGACGCGUGAACUGAGCACGAGACGGACGCUGGAAUAGGAAAAGGCUUCAGAGAAAUUACGGAAAUUGCCGUGAAACUAUUCCUUUUGAAACUGUACCGGAUUGGCAGAAAGCUUGAAUCGUAGAUUAUAAUUCAACGCAUUUUCUAAAACUGCCAAUAUUUCCUUUUAUUCCAAACUUCCAAUAUCACGAAUUAUUCGAAUCUCGACUAUCCUUGUUACACUGCAGUAUAUUAAAAUGACAAAUAUUUCGGACAGACAACUUAUUAUACGGAUUAUAACCGAUAAGUAAAUAAUUCUGUAAAUUCUUAUAUUAUGCAAACAAUGGAAAGCUUCGAGAAUCCAUCGAAACUAUCGAUUCUGCGAGGAAGGGGAAUACGAUCCAUCAUAGUCGGGCAUGCGAGCCGCUCCUCCUCGUCCGACACGCUUUUCCAAAUAACGUCGCCGCUCACCGAGGAAACGAUCUCCUUCGAGGAUCACCGAUCGAUCUUCGGGGAAUUCACGGCGACUUUCUCGAUACGUUCUAUGUCUCGAUUUUCGAAACGAAAACGGGGUGACCGCGCGCGAUAGCAACGGCGCGGUGCAAUUACGCUUCCGAUAUGUACAGGGUGUCUCGGUUAUAUUCGAAAAGUUAUCAACGUUCAAAAUUCAAUCCGGAAGAAAGACAAGUACGUGGAUACGUUUUUAAAAAAAAAGGUAGAAAUUUUAUAAUAAAUACCUUCUAUAGGAAACAUUUUACAAGAAAAAAAUCUUAUACUUUUCAAAAUUAUCUUCGAAUGCGUGAGAUAUUUUUAUCGAAUAAACUCGUGAUUCGAAUACACCCUGUAUAUAAAUCGACGAAACGGGAGAGAGAAAGAGAGAGGAAUUAGAAUCGUGGAAAAGAAACGGAGAUUGACCUGAUUGCGGAUUAGACAGGGACAGUCUUAUAAAAUCGAACUUCUCCAUCGAUGAUCGAACGGGCGAUUCGAUCCAGUUUUCUCCAGUUUCAAUUGCUAAUUGCCGCAAACUUGCCGGCCACUUAACCCAAAUAGAUAUCCGCGGAUUAGUCGAAUCACAGCUUUUAUUUCCACGCGCUUUUGCAUUAACUUUCAACCAGAAGUUAGGGAGGACAGGGGAAGCUAGUCGAUUUUCUUAUAUCACUCCAUGUGACGCGUCCGUAGAAACGUAGGAAUUAAGGACACUUAUGAAAUUGCGUCGUUGAUCGAUUUUAAUUUUCGCUUUCGCCCCGUCUCGAAAGUGGAGUAGCAAAGUGGCGUUUUCCAUCUUUUUUGCCCACGCCGCCUUUCGAACAAGAAUCAUUUAAUAGCGCACAAGGAGGAGGGGGAAGAGGAGGAGGAGAAGGAAGAUCGUGGAAUAACGACCCGGCCGAUGAAAUUCAGACGAGCCCGCGUCUGUCGCGUAUCAAAUGUGGCAGAAGGAUAGUAACAGUAUACGAGAAACAGUUAUGGGAAACAACAGGGCCCAUUCGCGUUUCACCACUUACGGCACAAUUCGAUUUGGAUCGAUCGAUUGGAAAGGCGGUGAUCGAUCGAUGAAAAUCGAGUCUAUGGAAUCCGUAACACUAUACAUUUUCUAAUGACUCCAUCCAACCUCGUAUCAACGAUAAACCUUUCUAUCCAAAAUAAAAUUUCACUUUUUAGAAAAAUUUGAUCGAAGAAUCAGAUCUAUACGUUUAAAAUAUUCCUGAUUCGCUACGAUUUGAGAUAAUAUUUUUAUCUGACCCGAGGGGGAAAUGUUAAAGUUUUGUGAAAAAAUUAAAAAAUUUACCAAUAAAAAAUUUGGAAGAAAAUCCGAUUCGAGGACGAUCGAAGAGGAUCGGCCGAUUCCGGCGCGAGCGGAUCGCGAAACAAGAGCAGCUGAGCGGAGAUCGCGCGAUUAUUAACGAAAGGAAGGCGUUGCGGUAAAAGGAAGUGGCGAAAGAAGAUAGAUAGGUGGAAAAGAAGGCUAAUUCUCUCCUUUCCGGCACACCUGUUGGCCGAGCAGCGUGCGAGCGCAUCGCCCUGCCCGUACGAAAUGCAUGUAAACGGCGGCCAAUUUUUUACCACGCUCCAAACUCCACGCCCUAUUGACGGUGGAUCGUUUCUCAGCGGAAUGCGCUCGAAUCUUUCACGCGAUUCGCGCGCUUUGUUUCGAGAAGCUCUAAAUAUUUAGUGAAAUACGACCGAGUGUAUACUCUGAAUCCUAUCCAACAAAGCUUCUCUUUAAUUCCAAUUUGACUCGAGUUGGUUACGUCGAACUCUCUUACUUCGCGUUUUUGUUUUUUUUUGUUUUCGCCAAAUUUCACGUUCAAACGAUUCACGCACGCCAUUUUCUUCCUCCGAUGACAAAUUUCAACCAAAUAAAUUCUUCGAUCGACUUCUUCCGAUUUAAAUGAUUUUUAAAAAUAAUAUUUAAUAAGAUCCGAUCAGAUUCGAGCCCAGGAAAUACGGAAAAGUCGGCGAGUCAGAUGAGCGCGUAAAAUCACAAUUUCCGCGAUCACGCGAUUUCCAUCGAUGCGCUGCUCUCCAAAGAUGCUCCUCUGGAUCCUCCUGCGGAAAUUGGCCACUUUCUCGCUGCCAGAUCCGUCUGCAGCGCGCGCUCGUCGUCGUUGGAGCGUGGCGCGCGAAAAUCCAAUCUCCACCGAGUUAACCGGUCUAAUUUAAAGUAGGCCUGCUCGUUUCGCUCCAAGCCGAUGUAAAUAUAACGUGCGCGCAACGACUCCACUCCUCCCUCUCCCCGCGCCGUUUUCGUAAAUACACCGAUUUUCGCUCGCAACCGGAUGUAAAGCAAGCCUCCGUUUUGCCGGGUCGAUCGACGACCACCGCCGACCGCCUCGAUUUCGUCGUCGAGAUCGAAAGUGGUUCACGCCGGGUUCGUUACUGUCGUCGUCCGAUCGAUCCGCAACACUCGAUCGAUCGACCGACCUUGUUCCUUUUCUUCCACGACCGAGUAAAACGCACACAGAUUUACGGAAAAUGGUGGACAAACAAUUUCUUCUGCGUUAUAUACGUAUAUACACACGCAUACCCCCCACUGUAUACGUGCAUUCGAUACAAACAAGAAUUAACGUAACAAUUUGCUCGAUUUGAGCGACAUCGCGUUAGAAACUUUCCGUGCUAAUAAUUUUUAGAUCACGGUAUCGAAUCGAUACCGAGGGGGAAAAAAGGCAAUAAUCCGCGAUUCACACCGUGAGGCGUGAAUGGGCGAUCCGAGGUGAUCCAACGAGGCUUCGCUCUCAUUAUAGCGUCUCCGGUAUCUCCUUUUUUCCCCCCGCGAAUUCGACAGAGAUUCGAAUUCUCCGCUCUAUUUGACGCUCCCUCUCGCCGCUUGACGCCAGCCAAGGCGGCGGCGGCGGCGGCGGCGGUGGUGGAUGCCCCUCGCCUCCUCUUGGACCGCCGCGAAGCAAGAGAGCCGCCGUCGUCUCUCCGUUGCCUCUCUCGACUUAGGAGAAUGUAUGGAACGGGCCGAAAGGCAAAAAGGAAAAAGGACUACCCGGUGAUUCGCUCUAUAUAUACUGCAACUAUCCGAGGGUAUGUCCAGUGCACGGUACGCGCCUCGUCCGUCAGCUUCGGCCUACCGUCCUACCAUCGAGCGCAGUCCUAGAACCAGCGAGACUACUCGCGCCGCCGGAUCCGUUCGCCAACCAGCAGGAUCGCGUCAAGAUCUCGGGGGGAUCUCGAAGCCAUCUCCGUGACACGAUAAAGUAACGAAAAACGGAAGGAAGGAAGCAAUGAAGGGAGUAAUGAAGGUUAAACGAAGUGGCCAACUGUUGGCGGCUAUUCUGCUUCCCAUUCUUCUGCUCGGUUCCGCGGCCGGCGAGAUCGAGAGACGCACCUCGAAGCAGAUGGUCGAGGACUCGGCCGAGAGUCUGGCCUCGGGCUUGAGCAAGGAUUGCGGCAAGUCGUACAGCGCCACCUGCCUCAAAUUGGACGUGGUCUCGUUCCUCGACAGGCUGUCCGAGCAGGAGGACAUCAGCAUCCUGCCGGGCGUUUCGGUGAUCAAGGAGAACGGUACGGCAAACGUGCCGGCCUCGGAGGUGGUCGCAAAUCUGGCCAGAGAUUUCCCCAACGACGUGGAGAAGAGGCUGGACGCGUACCUCGUCCACAAGGUGGGAAGUUAUCUCAACAGCCACUCCAUCUCCAUCAAACUGUUCGAUCCAAGGACGUUCGAGGCGGCGAGAAAUUUUAACGAGGAAACCCUGGCUCAGCUUGGACUCGGCGGUGGCGGGCAAAGCGUUGGAACUGGGCGUAAGAAGGAGAAGGGCGGCAUGGGAGGCAUGAUGGCAGGUCUGAUGAUGAUGAAGGGCACGUUGGGGGCAAUCGGUUUCGGCGCCCUAGCUCUGCUCGCGGGUAAAGCGCUGAUGACGGGCCUGAUGGCUCUCAUGUUAUCGGCCAUCGUCGGUCUGAAAUCUCUGGCAAGCGGGGGCGAGAAGAAGACCACCUACGAGAUCGUGAGCAAACCGGUGUACUCGAGUUCUCACACUCACAGCUCGGAGGAGCACCACGGCCAUGGUUACGGGCAUUCAGGAUACGGGAGAUCCCUGGACGCGAUCCACGAGGACGUGGAGCAGGCCGUUCUGAAGUACGGCAACGUGCGGGACCGUCGAUCGUUGCUUCGACAAAAUUAAGAAACUCGUGAACGGAGGGGCCGCCGGCGACUAACGACAGCCGGUGCCAGAGAUCUAGUAGCACGUCUCUACCUCACCGAGUCUCCACACUUCAUUUCCUCGCCUUCUCUUCUCCACUUUUCCAUUCGUAUUCUUACUUGCUCUUUCCUCCUCGUCUUCGUCACCAUCUCCUCUCCACACUAACUAUUACGUUCCUUUUCUUAUAUUUUUAUUUCUCUCUGUCUUUCUUCUCUCUUUCUCUCUUUGUCACUCAUUCAUCAUUCCUUUGUUUUCUCUCUUCAUUCAUCGUUUUUGGCUCUCUCUCAGUUUCAUUACACUGUAAUCUCCAUCACCGUCACCGAGCUAUAACUCGUAGAUUCGUAGGUAUUUAUUUUAUAUUGGAAUCAUGCUAUCGCCACCUCCACACGGUCACAAGGCUCGAGAGAAGAAGCUGGUCGUUGCACACGGACCAUCCUCGAAUCGUGUACAUGAUUUUCUCUUUGUUAUUUAUAUUGUAUUUAUUACUCAUUGUAAAGUUUUAAUAAAAAAUCAUGUUUUUAAGAA